GUGGCGAAAUUUUGGGAAAUUUUAUUUUAUUCAAUUUUAAAUUUACUUUCUUUGUGAAUAUUAAAAAGAAAAAUCUUCAAGAUGACUUCAGUUGUACGAUGCUGGAUAAAGAAUCUCGAACAUAUGAGGGAGGAUACACAGAAUGUUUCAAUUAUUGCCGUGAUUAUUGUCAAGAGUCAACCGAGAUUUUUCGAUGGGGAUGAACAGCAGCGAGGAGUUCUCAAUAUGACACUGAGGGAUACGGUCAAGGACACAAUAAAUUGCACCAUUUGGGGCACGCGGGAAUCCAUCAUGAGUACAAAUGAGAAUUUCCGUUGUGGCCAAGUUGUGAAUGUCGUAGGAGCGAGGAUUUCACAGGAAGAUGCAUCUGUGUACCGCCCAAAGACAUCUUCGUCCUACGUGAUGAUACUCAGUGAUGCUAGAGGGAAGAUUAUGCAGUACAUUGGGACUGGGGAGAAUUUCAGCAGACUCCUGCAUAUCCCCCUGAAGCCACAAGGACUCAUGCUCAGUCUAAUGGAUGUUAAUUCAAAGGGAGAGCUUGUUUCGGCUGAAUUUGUUGAUCUUAUGGUCAUUGUGAGAAUGAUUCGUCCCCUGAGGGAGAUAAAAACCCGCAUGGGAAAAAUUACCCAUUGCCGAGAGAUUAUUGUCAUGGACAGAACUUUCCCAGGGAUGCUCUUGACAUUCUGGGGUAAGGAUGACAAUGAGAGAAUUGACCAGUGGAAGCCCCUUGAAACGUGCCUCCAUCUCUAUGAUGUCAAAAGUGACUACUCCACUUACUAUCGCUCCGUAAUCUUGACCUAUUGCUCCCGAACAGUGAUCCUCGAUGCUGUCAGAGGGCCAGAAGUGGAUGAUUUGCGUGAAUUCGCCGCAAAUGUGCCACCAAUUGAGAGAUUCUCAUUUGAAUGCAAUGAUCUCCCAUGCCCAGAUGAGAUCCGGAAUGUGAUGACAAUUCAGCAAAUUCAGGAUAGAGCUGAAGGGUAUCUCAUGGGGAAUGAGGAGCAAUUCACAGCGGUGAUCUAUGCAACAGUUGUAUUUGAUUUGGAUGCUUCCAAUCGAAGGAUUGUCACCGAGAGAUGUCCUGUUUGCAAGCAAAUAGUUGAGGGUGGAUGUCCAGAAGCAAAUUGCGCGAGUGUCCAAUUCCAAAUGGAAGCAACUCAGAGGAAUUUGGUGGCCUUUGAGAUUUUCAUGAGUCUCACUGAUCACACGGGAAGUCUCCCAUAUUGUCGCCUUAUGAGUAGUGCUGCGGAGAAGUUGCUGGAAAUGUCCCCAGAGGACUUCCUGAAACUCCCACCUGAGCUGAGAACACAGCUCAAAUGGCAAACAAUCCUCGAGAGGUGCACCGUGAAGGUGGUUGUGCGCAAAAAGUCCAUCUAUCGUCCGAGAAUGUGGAUUGGGAUUGUUGAAUGCUCCGUGGCGGCACCUGAAGAUGUAAUCCGGAGCAUCAAAGUCUACUAAAGAGGUCAGAAAUUGUUUUUAUUUAUUAAUUUGUAAUCAAUUCAUCGCCUAAAUUCUCGCAUAUUUGCCAUUUGAAUAAAUAUCGCGAUAUAUGUGCAAAAUAUAAUUCAAAAUAAAAUUUAGGUUAUGAUGGUG